AUGCAGAAAAAAGACAACAAAUAUGGCAAAAUGGUCAGAGAGAUGGACUGCAUUCAUUUGAGAGGCUGGAUAAAUAGGAGGUCAACAGAAGCACAGUCUAGGCAUAUCAACUGGUUUGGUAUAUAUGCUGUCAAUAAUAAUAACAUUGGUACAUGUACUAGUUACCUGUGUGUCAUUUGUUACAGAGACUUGGUUUUACACUUUUUAUGACCCAGUUGGGGAGAUUGCUGAUUGUGGGGUUCAACUUUUUUGCUCAGGGUUUUUCUCCUUUGAGGAAGUGGACAUUUGGGGCAGGUUAUAAUCACCCCGCUGUUGUUCUUCAGCCAUUCUUUUUUUAACUUGGACCACUUCACCUUGUUACUCUAACUUAUUAAUUUUAAUCUAUGUUGGGUUGGUACUGACAAUGAGGGCCAACUGAAAGCUGUUGUCAGGUCACAAAAACAUUAAAAUUAACGUCGGUUUUUCUAUGUAGGGUUAAGAUAACCCUGGGUUAGUGCAAAAUUUGAAUUUGUUGAUUGGAUGCUCUGAAAAAUAGACAGAGAAAAUUGUCAGAGAAAAUGCUAAAAAGAAAACCAGAUUUAAAAAUUAAUUUAACCCCAAGUUAGUGCUAACUUGCCUUCAAAUUUUAAUUAUUAUUGUUAUUAAUUAUAUAGCUGUUAGUUAAUCUGAUAUUGUCAGCAAAGUGAUUAUCCUUUAAUUUUUAUGAACUGUCCUGUUAUUGAUUAAUUUGGAUAGUUUCAGAUGGGACUUUCUUUUACAAAUAGGCAAACUGUCUCAAGAAAAAUAGGACAGCUGGUCUGAGCCAAUCAAAUGCCAGAAAAAACAAUAGGCAAUGCAAACUAGCCAAUCAAUGCAAAGUCCCUGUGAUAAGACACCAAAAAAUGUCCUGGUGGCUCACAACAGCUUGUUGGCAUACACUUUUGGCUUCUUGUUGCUGUAAAAUGUUGUUUUGUGUUGCUGUUGUUUUGUUUUGUCUUCUUGUCUGGGCCAUUUAAAAGGAAAAUGUGCAGAAGACCAAACUGAAGAAAGUUUGAAUUAACUAACCAGCUAUAUUAUUAAUAAAUAAAAGGACCACAAGCUUGUCCAAUUUGGAAGUAAUAAAAUUGAAUUCAAAAAAUUUCUUCUUGCAAUUUUGGCUUUCCUCAGAAUUUUUUUUCAUCCAAUUAUUUCCAAAUUGGACAGCAUGUAGUCCUAUCACUAUCUUAUACUAAUAACUGGACCCAGUUUUUAGAAAUCUAAUUUUGCAGGUAGGCUUUUGCAGUCUUUUUGUAAACAUUGUCAAUGAAUUUUUCUGUGAAACUCUGCCAAAUAUAAUAUAAUAAAAAUAAUAUAAUAAUUUAUUAUUCGUAAGGCACAAAAUAUCAUUUAAAUAUGAUCUAAUGCCCACAAAACCAUGAACACUUGAGAUAUUUCGGGAAUGUUUGUUGUCUUAUGAUCUGUCAGAGCAAAUAUCAAGACAUGUGAGUUUGCCAGAAAACCACAAACUUAUUUAUCAUCUUUGCUUGUGGUAUAGUUUAUCUCAUGCUUGAUUGCUUACUUUUCUCGCGACACAUGUUCCAGAAAUAUUUGUGGUGUUUGUUUGGGUUUGUGGUUUGUCAGCAAAUAGAUCGAAGCAAGGCUUCAUUUAUUUAACAUGCUAGGAAACAUUAAUUUUUCCAAAAAAGCACGUCCAUAUAUAUAAGUAGGGAAACUAUUAUUCUUCUUUUCUACUUGGCAUUUUGGAUUUUUUUUGUAUUAUCUCAUUACAUUUCUGCCCAUUUCAUAGAACCCCUUGUAUCUGGGAAUGUUUUGGAAAUUUCCGUGCCCAUCACAAGUUGGAUAUCAAGACAUUUGUAGGAUUAAAGGGAUGACAUCAAAAGUGACAGCUGAGGAUGGCAGUGUUGCAUUAGUGGUUUCAGGCAUACCAGGUAUCAAAAGUUUUUUAACCUUCUAAACUGGUGUGAGACACUUUGUUCUGUGACUGGGGUGUCUGGCAGGGGAUAAGCCUAGUCCUAGUCAUCCCAGUCAACCGAGUUAUCCUACUUAGCUGUCACCCUUGUCAUCCUAGUCACCACAGGUAUCCCAGUCAUUCCAAUCAUCUUAUGCCAUAGAGUCAUAGAGACAUUCACCUUAUCCCACCCACCCUAGUCAUCCUAGUCACCAAAGUCACCAUUACAAUUUCGUGAUCCUGGUCAUCCCAGCCACUCCAGUCGUCUCAGUCAUCCUGGUAAUCACAGUUACCCUUGUCAUCCUCCUUAAUACGAGUAAUAGUUGACACUACAGCUGCCCCCGCUCUGUGUAUAGUUGCUCAAUAGUAUUCUUGCUUGUUGUGUAGCUCUUUGAAAUAUACUGAUUCAUAAUUAUGAAGAUUUUUGCACAUAGUCCAUACAAUAGGUGAGAUAAAUACAGGAAACACAAGGUUCCAUGCAUUGUUUCAGUUGAUUUACAUAGCUUUAAUCAGAACAUUCCCAGUUUUGAGAAUAGUUUAUUCGAAACCGUAAGAAAAGAUUUAAUUAAAAGUUGAAUUUUUCACUAUUUCUCUUUCACUUUUUACAUUUCAGUUCAUUUUAUUUGCCGGAAAGUAAGCCUUAGAAAUUAAAAGGACGUUUGAUCAAUUCGCGCUCGCGCAUUCUAGUCUUAUUUUAAACUUUAUUGCAGAAGGACAUCUGAGAGCAGGGAAUAAGUCAGCACAGAAUUUAUGAUUGUCGGCGAACUUCUGUAAUCAUCCAUCGUUGUGCUAGUGAUAAGCUAGCCGUUGAUUCACUCGUCUUGCUUGUUUGUGGCUGAGUCUUAUUCCAGUCAAAGAGAGAGAGAAAGAGUGUCUGGCAAGAUUUCCAAUCAAAGAUUUGUGAACUCGUGUCUGGCAAACUCUCCAAGUGUUUAUAUAUACACAGUUAUACGCACCUUCAUCUGCGCUUAACAACUGUCUUUUGAUCCAUAACUUUCAAAACAACUGCUCCACAGAAUGUCACUGAUAACACGUAAUGCAAAAGAGUAUCGAGGUAGAACUGCACAAUAAAUAUCACAAAAUCUUCCUAAGUAGUCUCUUCGGGAUUUUCUGUCUUUUCAUCAUCCUAACCAUUUCCUACUUGCGGGCACAAACAAUAGAAAGGUCAUCAUUACCUACAAAUUUCUCGUGGCUCCUGUUCAAGCAAAUCGAGAUUUUUUGUGGCAUACUGACUGUAUAUUUCAGCUGUAAGUACUUUCUUUAAUAUACGCGCGAGUUACUAGAGUGCCUCCCGGGAUUUCGCCUUCUGGGCGAAAUCCCUGCGGGGGUAAUUAUUCAUGAACCUUAGUCAUCCUUAGUUGUCUAGAUCAUCCCAGUCAUCCAAGCCAUCCAGUCAUCUGUGUUUUAAUCCCAGCCAUUCCAGUCACCAUAGUAACCCUAGUCACCCUAGUUAUCCCCGUCAUCCUAGUUAUCCCAGUCACCCUGGUCAUCCUACUUAAUGCUCAAAAGUAAGUUACCAGUGGCAUCUUGUUUCCUGAUUAUGAGAAUCGCAUAGCAAGAAUCAUUGAAGCGGUAAUUGUUGUCAUAAAUUAUUGACGACACGUCCAGCAAGAAACCAUUUUGUGUGGCAUUACCUUCAAGACUGAAGAAAACGGGGAUUAUACUUUGCGUAAUUUUAAGUUUCUUUCAGGAAGUUUUCUUUGAGCUUGUCAUCAGUAUACUGUUUAAUUGGAGUUUCUGAGUUUUCUUAUUUGUUUAUGGUAACUGACAUUAACUUUGGCACUGCAUUCAGUAAUGACCUUUCCUUUGCCCAAACAUGAAAAUCACUUGUAGUUUCCUUGAUUUUGAGAAUGAACAAACCAACGUGGGAAGAAACAAAUAAUACUUCAAAUUUCUAGCUGGUGAGAAGUGUGUAGUUAAGUUAUCUUUCAUGCAUAGUGGCAAAUUUCACCCAUGAAAUUGAAGUGUCAACAUCAUCGAUAAAAAUUCAGCUCGAUGUAUGCCAUGAAAUGAUGGUAUCGCUUGUUGUUCUUUUGCUGGCUGUUUUUUACCAAAAAUGAAAACAUGGAAAAAUUUCAAAUUUUUUUCUAAAACCAUGGACUAACUCCUUUGGAAAAAUCCUGAUUUUUUUACCUUUUUAACUUUCUGUUUUUUAUAGUCUAAAGAUGCUUUUUUAGUUUCCAGAAAAUGUCAAACACAUGUUGCAGGCUGAUCUUGCCAAAUAUAAAAACAUGGAAAAAUUUGAAAAUUUUUAUCAAAACCAUGGACUAACUCCCUUGGAAAAAUCCUGAUUCUUCGACUUUUUUAACAUAGUUUUUGAUUUUAGAGUCUAAAAUGCUCUUUUUCUUUCUAGAGUAUCGUCAAACAGAUUUUCGUGUCUUAUUUUGCCAAAAAUAAAAAGAUGGAAAAAUUUAAAAUUUUUGACGAAAACCAUGGAAAAAUUAUCCAGUUUCUAUGAAAUGAAAACAUGGAAAAAUUUCAAAUUUUUUACUAAAACCAUGGACUGACUCCUUUGGAAAAAUCCUGAUUUUUUUACCUUUUUAACUUUCUGUUUUUUAUAGUCUAAAGAUGUUUUUUUAGUUUCCAGAAAAUGUCAAACACAUUUUGCAGGCUGAUCUUGCCAAAUAUAAAAACAUGGAAAAAUUUGAAAAUUUUUAUCAAAACCAUGGACUAACUCCCUUGGAAAAAUCCUGAUUCUUCGACUUUUUUAACAUAGUUUUUGAUUUUAGAGUCUAAAAUGCUCUUUUUCUUUCUAGAGUAUCAUCAAACAGAUUUUCGUGUCUUAUUUUGCCAAAAAUAAAAAGAUGGAAAAAUUUAAAAUUUUUGACGAAAACCAUGGAAAUAUUAUCCAGUUUCUACGACUUCUUUAACUUUCUGAUUUUAGAGUCUAAAACACAUUCAAACACAUUUUGCUGGCUGAUUUUGUCAAAAAUAGAAACAUGGAAAAUUUCAAUUGACCAAAACCAUGGACUAACUCUUUGGAAAAAUACCAAAUUUUCAACUUUUUUAACUUUGUGAUUUCAGAGUCAAAAAACGCUUUUUUCCUUUCUAGAAUGUCGUCAAAAACAUUUUCCUGGCCUAUUUAGCCUACAAUAAAAAGAUGAAGAAAAUUUUAAAUUUUUUACCAAAACCAUGGACUAACCCAUCUUUUGACUUUUUGAACUUUCUGUUUUUUAUAGUCUAAAAACGCUUUUUUACUUUCUAGAAUAACAUCCAGCACAUUUUGCUGGCUGGUACCCUUGCCAAAAAUAAAGACAUGGAAAAAUUUCAAAUUUUUUACCAAAACCGUGGACUAACUCCUUUUUGAUUUUAGAGACUAAAAAUGCUUUUUUCCCUUCUAGAAUAUCGUCAAACAGAUUUUCGUGUCUGAUUUUGCCAAAAAUAAAAAGAUGGAAAAAUUUCAAGUUUUUGACAAAAACCAUGGACCUUAAGCUUACCCCUUUAGAAAAAUCCCAGAUUUUCAAUUUUUUUGUCCUUUCCAUUUCUAGAAUAUGGUCGAACACAUUAAUAUUUUUCCUGGCCUAUCUUUCUUUAAAAAAAAAAAAGAUAGAAAAAAUUCAAAUUGUUGACCAAAACCGUGGACCAACCCCUUUGGAAAAAUACCAAAUUUUCGACUUUCUGAACUUUGUGAUUUUAGAGUCUAAAAACACCUUUUUCCUUUCUAGAAUAUCGUCAAACACAUUUUCCUGGCCUGUUUUGCCUAAAAUAAAAAGAUGGAAAAUUUCAAAUUUUUCACUAGUACCAUGGAUUGACUUUUUUAACUUUUUGUGUUUUAUAGUCUUAUAUCACUUUUGACCAAAACCAUGGACUAACCCCUUCGGAAACAUACCAAAUUUUCAACUUUUUUAACUUUGUGAUUUCAGAAUCUAAAAACGCCUUUUUCCUUUCUAGAAUAUCGAUAGAAACAUUUUCCUGGCCUAUUUAGCCUACAAUAAAAAGAUGAAAAGAAUUUAUAUUUUUACCAAACCCAUGGACUAACCCCUUUGGAAAAAUCCUGAUUUUUUUUGUCUAAAAAUGCUUUUUUUACUUUCUAGAAUAAUGUCAAACACAUUUUGCUGGCUGAUUUUGCCAAAAAUGAAAAGAUGGAAAAAUUUCAAAUGUUUGACAAAAAACAUGGUCACCCUAGUUAUCCUAGUCACUCCAGUCAUCUCUGAAGUUAUCUCAUCACCCCAGUUAUAUCAUCACCCUAGUCAUCAUAGUCACCCCAGUUGUAUCAGUUAUCUCAUCACCCUAGUUAUCCUAGUCUCCCCAAUUACCUUAGUGACCCAAGUUUUCCUACUCAACCUAACCAUCGCAGUUAUUCUAAUAAUAAUCUUUUCAUGACAGUCAUCCCAGUCACCCCUGCUGUUGAGUCUAUUCAUCCAAAUAACAUCAGUCGAUCUGCUUAACUAACAGACGACCAAUAUCAUUGUGACCUAAUUUACCAAUCAGGUCAAUAACCAGAUUUUAAUAUUAUCAGCUGAUGCAAUACAAGCAACUUUGAUUCUGAAGAUGACUGCCACACAGUUUGCUGAAAGGUCAAUCAAUCAACAACAGUCCCAUUCAGGACUACGAUCACCUGGACGAUCAUGCUCAACCUACUUAUUAAAUGACUCCUGGGUUCACACCUUGGACUGUUUUACAUCCCAGUAAUUCCAGGCAUCCUAGUUAUCCAAAUCACCCUAGUCAUCCUAUGCUUUUUAGUCACCCUAGCUAGUCACCCUAGUCAGCCCACUCAUCCCAGCCACACUAGUCACUCUAGUCAUAAUACUGGUCACUCUAGCCAUCCUAGUCACCCUAGCCACCCUAGUCACCCUAGUCAUCCUAGUCACCCUAGUCACCCUAGUUAUCCCCCUCAUCCCAGUCACCCUAGUCACACUAGCCACUCCAGUCAUCCCAGUCACCCUAGUCAUCCAAGACAUCCUAGUCACCCUAGCCAUCCUUGUCACCCUAUUCAUCCUAAUCACCCUAGUCACCCCAGUCAUCUUGGUCAUCCCACUCAUCCCAGUCACACUAGUCACUCUAGUCAUACUAGUCACCCUAGUCAUCCUACUCACCCUAGUCACCCUAGUCACCCUAGUUAUCCCACUCAUCCCAGUCCUUCUAGUCAUACUAGCCAACCCAGUCAUCCCAGUCACCCUAGUCAUCCAAGACAUCCUAGUCAUCCUAGCCAUCCUUGUCACCCUAGUCAUCUUGGUCAUCCCACUCAUACCGGUCACCCUAGUCACCCUAGUCAUCCCACUCAUUCCAUACCAGUCACCCCAGUCAUCACAGUCAUGCUAGUGAUCCCAGUCAACCCAGUAAUCCCAGUCAUUCCGGUUAUCAUAUAAUCAUCAUAGCCAUUCUAGUCAUCCCAGUUAUUUCAGUCAUUGAAACCACCUCUGUUGUGCCAACCACCCCAGUCAUCCUAUUCAGCCCAUUCAUCACAGUCACCCUAGUGUUAUAGUCAUCCUAGUUAUCCCAGUCAUGUUAGCCAUCCCAUUAAUAAUAGUUAUUCCAGUCAUUCAUGUCACCGCAGUCGUCUCAGUCAACCUCGUCUUCUUUGUCAUCCUAGUCAUGUUAGUCAUCCAAGUCAUUCCAGUUAUUCAAACCAUCCCAGGCAUGCCUAUCACCCCAGACUCUUAUCCCUUUUCAUCCUAGUAAUCCCAGUUAUCCCAGUCAUCCCAGCCAUUCUAGUUAUCCUUAUCAUCACAGUCAACCCAUUCACUGUUGCCAUUCAAGUCAUACCAGUCAAUUUUGUAGUCUUAAUCAUCCCAGUAAUCCUAUUCAUCCCAGUAAUUCCAGUCAACCAAACCUGCAUACCUGUCAUCCCAGCCAUUCUAGUCAUCCUAAUCAUCACAGUUAACCCAUUCACUGUUGCCAUCAUAAUCACCCCUGUCACUCCAGUCAUCCCAGUCAACCUUGUCGUCUUAGUCAUCACAGUAAUCCUAGUCAUCCCAGUCAAUCCAGUCAUCCAAACCUGCAUCCCAGUCAUCCUAGCCAUUCUAGUUAUCAUUAUCAUCACAGUCAAUCCAUUCACUGUUGUUAUCCUUAUCAUCUUGGCAGUCACCCUAGUCAACCCAGUUAGCCUGCUUAUUUUAAUAACCCUAGUCAUCCAAGUCACCCUAGUCACCCUAGUCACCCUAGUCAUCUUAGUUAUGCCAGUUACCCUGGUCAUUCCGGUUAUCUUAGUCAUCCUAGACACCUCAGUUAUUCUAGUCACCCUUGUUAUCUUAGUCUUCCUUGUCAUUGCAGUCACUCCCGUAGUCUUAUUUAGGAAUAUGCAUGUGAUGUUGUAUAAGGUCGUUGUUUACAUUCAUUUUGUGAGAUCGGUUAAAUGACUAGAUCUUAGACAUAAUACUAUUGGUGCAUCCCUUGCUUGUCUCUGUCCCUAUAAAUACUUAAAGCCAAAAGUUAUCAUUUGAGUCACAAAUAACUUUCCACUUGAGUGAAAAUGAAUUCUUUUUACUUAGGUACAGAAGAACAACCGAUUUGGCAUUACUGCAUGGUCCACAACUCAUCAGUAACUCAAUUGCAGGAGUUCAAAAGCCAAGAGUGAAGAGGCUAGUAUAACUAGAUGAUGGUACCAUCAAAGUGAACUUACAAAGAAUACCUGGUUUAUUAGUAUUAAUUUAUACAAUCAUGAUAAUUAAUGCUAACAGUUACAGCCAGUACCUUACCUCAAAGCAGGUACUUGGUUUAAGAAUAUUUCUGACCCAGCCCGGGAGGUCAUUGAAUGCGGGGUACAGCUGGCCCGGGGGUUUUCCUCCUAGGAGCAAGUGGACGUACGGGGAGGUUUUUCACCCAGCUGUUGUUCCACAACCCCCAUUCAGCAGCAAUUAGACAAAUUCAUUUAAUUUGGCAGUGAAAAACAAAAACAAAAACAAAAACUGAAGAAGAUUGACCGUUUCAACAAAUAGGAACCUCAUACAAUAAUUAACAGGUCUAUGGUAUUCCUAACAAGAGUGAAUAGAUUCAUUUGCAAUAUUUUUGCUCUUAACUAUACCAGUAGUUUUCAAACAACUGAGCUUUGCACAUACGAAGAAAACCUUAUUUCGUCUGAUGAAAAAUCGGCUAGUAUCUUCAGAACAUUUCUGCUGAAUAUGUAGUGAAAUCAAUAGGGGUAUUUUUUAUUAGGCGGAAUUCUUUAAUUCACUAUUGGAGGGAAUACUAAGAUAUCUGCCGUAUUGCAAUAGUAAUGAUAUAAUUAUAAAGUGUGUGCCACCAUAUUUGUACGUCUAAUAAGCAUCACUUAAAAAUUUUCUCAACUUAGUUUUUAAGUCUGAGAUUGAAAUUUUAUGACAUAAUUUAUUUAUGUAAAUAGGUCUUCAUCCCGUUUAAUUUUUGGCCGGACCGCGAUCAACUUAUCAAAGUUUUCCUGAAUUAAGUAAGUUUGUGGUCUUUAUUUUUUUUUUCAAAUUGGAGUUCCAAAAAAUUUCAUGGUGACAAAUUGAUUUGAAAAUGAAUGCUUAUUUGUACUACAUGUACUAACUUAUACAAAUUAAUAUUAUUAAGUUCAAAUGCAAGAUUCCUUUGAGUAGUAUGUAGUUUGAGUAGUAUACAAAGGUCUGUUUUAUUUAAUUAUACUUCAGGGAAGAAAAGGGAUUCAUAAAACUUUGUAUCAGACAAAGUCCGUGAAAAGCUCUAUCCAAGAAUAAUUUAUAGUACGUGGUUAUAAAAGACAUUUUCCUCAUGAAUUAGCAAUUUUAUCAAAAUCUGCUACACAGUAUGUCAUUCAAUCACUUGAGAAGAAUGCUUUCAAAAAUUAGCUUUUAGACCAAUUCGGUCUAGUAUAUUCUAGGGUUAAGCAAAGCUGAGGUGAACACUCAAGUCUGGUAUGGGUUAGGGGUUUCAGGGUGCACCUGCCGGCACAUCCCUACUCCAAACUUUUUUAAAGUUAACUACCCUUGGGCCUAGUACUUCACUGCUCAAAGGAAAUCUUGCUAAAUAUAAAUAAUAGUGAUCAUGCUGUUAUGAUAUAUAGUUCCAGUAGUCGGGUGGGUGUGGAUAUUAAUUUUAUAGAUUAUUUUGUACAUAAAACUGUAAAAGCUCAAUUAAGCCCCCAUCCACCUUAUAGAGAGUUUUAAGGGAUUUUGAGAUGGUGGUGGGGUGGGGGAUAAGGGGGAUGAAGAAAGGAUUCUCAUUAUCUCAAUAUUAAGGAGAACAAUUAGGGGAAAGUGUUAUUUUUUAUCCCACCUACAAUCUUGCAUUGGUUUGAUGGAAAUCAUUUCCUGCAUUUUCUGCAAGAAGAAUGACGUUUCAGGUAAGUUGUGGAGGAUGUCACGUAAGAGGAUCAGGUUACAAAAUUAGCCUUUAAGAAAUGGUUUGGGGUGUGGGGUGGGUCGGGCUUAAUGGAGGUUUUACAUGUUAUACAGUUGUUAACAUUGUGCUGCCAGUAAAUAUGGGGGUGGACUAAGUGUUUUUGUAAGAGUUUAUUGUUUGAGACUAUAAUUGGCCAGUCACUGACUUUCAGUUUCUAAGAUCACUUGACAGCACAAUGUUGCUUGUAUCUUUAAGGCAUAGGAAGCGUCACAACCAGAUCACAGCAAAAAUAAAUCAUACAGGCAGGAAUAUUUAGCUUUACUUAAAUGUUAUUCCUUUCAUAAAAGUAAAAGCCACACACUAUAGUUCUUUCCACAGGUCCACCUCCUAUCCGAACUCUACUUUUUCAUAGGAAAUGUUGCGCUUCCUGGGCUAUAUUAACAGGGUGGAGAUCAUGAUUUUUUGAACCUCUUGUAAAAUUGAGAAUUUUAGAAAAUUGGAGUUCAAAGAAUUACAGAGCCUAAGCUUCGUUUUGGGCUUUGGGCUUUCUUGCCGUUUUCUUGUUGAGAAAGCCCAAGGGGAAAUAUAAAAAAUUACAGUGACUUAGGGAUAGGAAAACAAGUUUUGGUUCGAAUUAUCAAGAGGUUUGGAGAAUCAGGAUUUCACUAAUACAGUAUUAGUUAUAACUUAUUUCUGAAAUUAACGCUCUACAAUUAAGCAAGCUCAUUAGCAAAAUAUUACCUUUAAAUCUCCUAACUAAUAUUUAUGUCUAAACUCAGUGUCUAUACAGGUUAAGAGAAAUAAGUACUGGAUAGGCAUACAUCAUUAAAUUCCCGACAUAAAAGUAACAAUACAGAUUUCUUAUGAGCUAAAAUUUGUAAGGGUAAAAUGAUUAUGAAUAGACCAUUUGCCAUAAAACUUUUGAUGAUUUUCCGUAAAGGGAAAAUAUAAGUUUUUUUUUUCGGCCAAAGGCAUCUCUAACUUUCAGUGGUCACAAAGCUACAGCUGGAAUUGCAUCUAAAUUUUGCAGGCUAAGUCCCAAUACCAAUUGCCAAAUUCUUCUUACCGAUCCUCUAGUAAGCAAGUAUCAAGAAGGUAAAGUUUCAUUUUCGUUUGAUUAGUAAUAAGUUGGUGAUUGAUUUUGGUCUCUGUUGGGACUUCAAAGUUAGGUCCCAUCGGUGCACAAAUGAUUUUGUCCGUUCAGAUUAAAUUUUAAAAUAGAAAUCCAAAGCAACAGGAAAUUCUCUUAAGAAACAGUGAGGCUGGUAAAAAAAAUUAGGCCCAAUAGUAGGAUCUUAACUAUUACAACACAAAGUAGAUUUUUCAUUAGUGUACAUGUACAUAAUGUCUAUAAGGCAAUCUCUAGUCUGCUUGUGCUUUUUUUUUCUAGGCAACUUGCAGUAAAAUGUUUCCAAAUCGCUGAUAAUUUCACAAGUGAAACUUCCUUCAUUACUAUUAAAUUUUGAGAACAAAGCAGACUGGAGACUUUUGAUUGAAUUUAUAUUCUUUUUUAAUAAUUAAUUUUCUUGGUACUGCAUUCACUCUCUGUUUUUCUUUUUUUUAUUAUUCUUUUUUUAUUUUUCAUAGUUAGUUUUAGGAAUUGACUCCGUGGCAUUCUUUUUGUUUCCAUUUUUUACUAAUAUCAACAGAGCAUUAGUUGACUGACUACAUUGGUACAUUACGGAGACGUUUGUAGUACCAAGAAAUAUCUAGUUUUGCUUAAUACGCUAAUGAGCUUGCAUUAGUUGCCUUAAUGUUAAUUAAUGAUAUUUGUUGUUAGGCUUGCAUUAGCUAAGGCUUUGAGAACAGCUGAGAUUUCCUGGCGCUACCACUGGUUUCCCCGCGAAAUGACCUGAAAUGAGGAAUGAGUAAAGACGUUCCAUACUGAUGACAUGUCACUACUCAGACCUGGAAAGGGCUUCUGAUUGGUUGAGGAACAUAUUCCUUGUGGCAUCACGAACCAGAAGCAUUAUCCAGAUCUGGGUAGUGACUUAUCAUUAGUAUAGAAUUUCUUCACUUAUUCUCUUUUUCUGGGUCAUUUCUUGGGGAAACCAGUGGUGUCGUCACGAAUUAUUGGUUGUUUUCUUAGAUCAUUGGCUUUUCAUUAAUUUUUUAAGUUCUUAUUUAAUUUCAGACCUCAGGUGGCACACGCACAAGAUUAGGAGCCCAUCACUUGGGCAAGGUCAUGUUUAAAUCUAGCCAACCUCGUCCCUGCUGGGCUGUGGAAGCUCUACCUCUGAGAAGGUGUGAAUUCUGACGUCCUCUGAGAUAUUCCAACUGAGAAAUCCGGGAAAACUUUAUCUGAUCCUGUAAUUCAUGCUGGGGGCAGUUGGGCACUUGGAAGAUUUGGCCGUUUGUUCCCAGCUGGGGAGGACAGUGUGGAGGAAGGUGAGAGUUUGCUUCUUAUGUUCUUGGGGCUUCAUUCAUUUUGUCACAAUACUACCCGCACCUUUUUUCCAAAAAAAACCCAGUAAGGUGCUUGCCUGCAAACAAUAUGUCUGGGAAUGUUCCACUGCGGUAGGAUGAAAAACGGGAGUGCUAACAUUGUGCAGACUAACGAAGUAAGUGAGUCGAUGGAGAAUUCGAGGACAGAGGACUGGACACUGAAUCUCACUGGUGUGGCGUGGGUGGAUUUUUACAAAUGACAUCAAAUUGAGCUAUAGUCAUAAAAAUCUCUCUCAAACGGAGGGCAACUGGUAAUGGAGUUCUCUUCUAAACCUAAAAAUUUCACAUCUCAAGUUUGCUUAGGCCUAAUAAUAAAUAACCGUUCAAAACAUCGCAUAGGAUAAAAAUCAUAAACAAAUCAAUUAUUUAGUAUCUUAAUUAUCAUUUCAUUCUCAUAUUUCCUGCCUGAAUUAUCUAAAAACGAUCAAAGCUAGGGUUUUAUAACAUCAACAUCUGUUGUUUUUUUGUCUGCUGUUUUUGUGUCAACUGGAAACAACAGUCAAACAAACGGGGCUGUUGAUGUUAAAGACUAACUUCACUUUCAUAUUAUCUAAACCUUCGGAAAGCAAGAUAACUAAACCAUUUUAAUUUAGGAUUCAAUUAUUAUCUUAAUUAUCAUUUCAUUCUCAUAUUUCCAACCGCAAUUAUCUAAAAAUGAUCAAAACUAAGGUUAUAUUACGUCAACAUCUGUUGUUUGUUUGUCUGUUGUUUCUGUGUCAACUGGAAACAACAGGCAAACAAACUAGGCUGUUGAUGUUUUAAAAAGACUACCUUCUCUUUGAUAUUACUUAAGCCUUCGGAAACCUAGAUAACUAAACCGUAUUAAUUUAGGAUCAAAUUAUUACGAUUAAAUUAACUUGAUUAAUCAGACUGCUGUGGAAGUCGCUUAAAAAGGGACAUAGAAUAGAUUUCCUUGGCUUGUGUGAUAAAUCACGUUAAUUUGACUUUCAUGCUUUAGAUUCGGCUAUAGGCAUAAAUAUAUAAACAACUUUUGUCAUAAGCAUAGAUUUCGCUUAAUGUCUUCUUUAAAUUUUCAGCUAAUUCUCCGCGGUGACUUCAAUUGAUACAUUAUAAUUGGCUUUCCCUUAAAGGACUGGAAGACUCUUGUUUGUUUAUUGUUCAUUUAAACGACGCAUUUGGCUAGUUCCAGUCUUUUGUGGGAAACCUGAUGUGAAGUAUCCAUUCCGGUCACAACAGCUGAAACAUCUCUAGGGAAAUUGGCCCAAAUUUAUUAUUCCGGCAAAUUUUCAUUAUUAUGCGGAUAAACAUUGCGGCUAGCUGCAUAAAUUAAGACUUAAGUUCAAAUCUAAUUUUUUUCCGGCUAAUAUUUAGUUUUACUUUAUAGGAUAAAAAGUAUAUAUAUUUCCGCUAGUUUCCUUUUUCGUUUCGAAAUGCGAAAAUUUGUCCGUUAUUUUCAUUGGAAGUAAAAGGAUCCAAAAUUUAACUUAAAUUGAAUAUUUAUUUACAAAGUCGCUCUAGAUCUAAAAAAAUUUAAAGGCGAAAUCUAUUCGGCACUGAUUUUAACGUUAUCCUAAGUCAUAACAGAUUAGGCAAAUUUUAGAUAUUGAUUUUGAAACGAAACAUUAAGACCAAAACUUUAUCGCGGCACUUCGGCAUUUUUGGUUAAAUGAUAAUAAACGGCGCUAGAAUAAAAUCUUAUUUUCGGCAGCAAAUUUCAUUUCAUUGUGACCUAAAUAUUAAACUCUAAACAUUAAAAUAGGGCGAGAGAAAUCCAGCAUCAGUUGCUUUGCAGAGGAGAGAUUAUUAUUGACUUGUGCUCUUUGGUGAAGUUUGCGAAAUGAAGGUCAGUCAGACCAGCGCGAUUCUUUGUUCAAUUCUCUGCCUUCGUUUCUGACGGAGACCCACUGAAAAGUGAGUUUGACUCUGUAGCACCCUCUUUUUUCUUGUCCGAGUCUCUGGAUAUUUUCACGAUAUAUUGAUUUUGUAGAUACUCGUCUUGAACUAAAACAAAUUAUUUUUUUCGCUGAGAAUUAUUUUUGGCCGGUGUGGUAUUGUGACGUAAAUGAGUGAGACCCUGAGGGCAUGAGGAGCAAACUCUCACUUUCCUUUACGCUGCCCACCCCACUUGGGAACAAACGGCUGAAUUUUCUAAGUGUCCAACUGCCCCCAGCUUGAAUAAAGGGAUCAGAUAAAACAGACCAGGAUUUUAAAGUUGGAAUAUUAAAUGAGGACAGAAGAAUGAACACCGACUUGGAGCUGAGUGGAAGCAGUCCGGCAGGGGCGAGGGAGGCUAGAUUAUUUUUUUGUUUUAUUCUUUAUAUAUAUAUAAGUGGACAACAGAGACAAGCUUUAAUAAAAUACUCUUAUCUUCAGUACCUGUGCUGUUUACUUUGUAAUCCAACUACUCGAGUGAACCAGAUAAAAGACUCGGACACAGUGAAAUAUUGCGCGCAGUUAAGACUGAUUCUACUGGCGACAUAAACAGAAGCAUAACUUUCAGUGAAGACCUCAACAACAUGAGCGCAAACACGAAAAAAAAAACAAUUAUUCUUUGUUUCCUCACAAGGAAUUAACGCACAAAUCGCGUAUAUUCGCAAUGAGGAGAACACAAGAAUCAGUUUUCUUUGUUGUUUCAUCUGUCGCUGAUGACCUCACUAAACUUGUUCUAAUUGUGCUUAUGUAGCUAGUAUAAAUCAGUCUUAGAUUUACACCGGUUUCCUACUAAGAGAUUGUUUCGCGCAGUGUUUUAGAAAUUGGCAUUUUACUUCUUUAAACGUUGCACGUAACAGUCUCAUCACUAGAAACACGAAGUAAUUUUUUACAACGCCAAAUAUUCCACUGUGUCCGAGCCUUCGUCAAAAUAACAAAAUAAACCAAGUCCUGCUUUCAUUAAUUUCAUAGUCUCGACAAAGCUUUGCCGUAUGACAUUUGGACGGCAUGGUAAUAAGGCAUGUUUGUCAGUAAAACAAACUAAUACGCGCAUUAAAAACUUUAGAACUGAUUUACAAACAGCUUAACCGAGCCGUUUACCAAGGCCAAACCAAAAUUGCCUUACAAAGCGUUGUCAAGACCUUGAGGUUACUGGGGAGUUUCAGUCCUAAGCUGAAAGUGUCAAUUCUCCUCACUUCUCCCACGCAUUUCCAAAACACUAGCUGUGAGAAUUUAGAGGAUCAUCCAGGUCGUAACUUGCAUUAACGUUCAUUACUUGACAAUGUGUUGAAAAAGUAAGGAGAAAUGAUACACUGAUCAUCCUUGGAACUGACGAGGUUGAUUGGGCAUCUUUAAAUCUCUCCAUGGGGUUUCCUUGUAACACUAAAAUUUUCCUACAUUUUUUCGCAACCACGUGAAAUUUUCCUAACAAUGCAACAAAUCUCUCUUUUACGACUUUUUCAUCUUGUAUUAUUUUGAUUCAUAUAUUAUUCAAAAGGCGAUAUCAGUGAAUAUUUCUUCAAUGCCCUUAACAUUAAUUGUUUCAUCAUCAUAGAAAAAAAAGUACCCAAACAGUUUUUACAACAAUAUCUUGAUUCCUCUUACUGUUGAUAACAUUUCAUUUUACCAAAAUAUUGCCAAGGUAUUAGUAGGACUCUUGUCGUUGUAGCUGUCCUUUUGUUUAAGAGACCAAUCUGUGACGAGCGAAGUGCCCUUUUUGCUGUUCAUUGCCCUCCCUGGGAUCCAAAAAAAAUCGACAAAAAGGAUGGGGUAUUGCUGACAGCCUUAAAUUUCAGGAAAAAAAUUGUUUCUCCUGACAAAAGAAAACAUAUCGCUGAGGUGUCGAAUUUCAGUGUUACAAGCUGUUUGGUAGGGGCACUUAAGAUUGAAUUGACAACAUCCUCCCCUCACCCCACACUCUGAAAGCAACGCUUGGGAAAAGACUUUAAACAUUCCAUAGUGAUGACAUUGCACCACAAUAGCUUUAUAUUCACCAUGGUGAAUUAGUAGUUCCAUUAUGAUAAUACAUGUAUUAUAACCAGGCAAGCAAAAUGCUAAGUCACUAAUAUGGAAUGCAUUAGUCUUGUUCCAGAUGUCUUUCUAUUUUGAAACAUCUUUUCUCAACCCAGAUGGGAUUAUGCAGGAGAGAUUUAAAAUACACCCUUUAUGAAAUGAAAUAUGGGAAGCACAGUUCAGCAAUCUACUAAAACCACACAGUCAGUGGACAGUCAAAUCAAUCUCCUAGUCAAAAAGUGAGCAAUCAACCAACUUUCAAAAAGUCAGUCAAAACAGUUAUCAAAUUACUCAGCUGGUCAACAAGUGAUCAACCAGCUUGUCAUUUCACAUGACAUUUCCCUAAUCCACCAGUUUACCAACAAAUAUAUAGUCAAUAAUUUUGUCAAGCGGUCAGUCAUAAUACAAUACUAUCGAAUAAGUCGAAGUUGUAAGCAGGUAAUCAGUUAUAUUUUUCAGCCACUUAGCCAGCAAGAUAGCCAAGGUGGUGCAGUGAGUCAGCCCGUCAGUAAAGCAAGUUAGCUUAUCAGUUAGUCUGUCAGCUUUGUCAGUCAACUGUAGGUCAGCCAUCGAUCAGUCAGUAAAUGGGUCAGUAAAUCAGUUGUUUAUUUAUUUAUUUAUCACUGGCUUUUCUGGACACAGGCCUGCCCAGAGGGAAUGUGCACGAACAGGACUCAGGUCCCAUUUGAGGUGCCAUCCCUACCUAAUCCCACAAGCUGUAAAGGUUGGCCGCACCACCGGGGUCUACGACCCCUACUCUUUUCGAGUUGUCAGUUAAAAAGUCAGCCAUUUAGUCAGUAAUUGUGUUUAGCAAGUCAGUCGGUUGGCCAAUGGGUAAGUCAGCCAGCAGGUCAUUCAUUCAGGCAGUAAGAUAGUCAGCAUUUCAGUCAGCAAGUCAGCUAAUAAGUCCGUUGGCCAGUCCAAUACAAGUCAGUUAAUCGCUUACACAGUCAACAGCCAUUUAGCCAUUUUGCCAGUCACUGAGUCAGUCAGGCAGUCGGAAAGUAAGUCAGUCAGUUUGUCAGUCAAUCAGUCAGUUAGUCAGUAAUAUAAUCAGACAGUCAGACAAUCAAUCAAUGGGUCAGGAAAUCAGUCAGGAAAUCAGUCAGACAGUCAACCAAUUAGUUAGUUAGUCACUCAUUUAGUCAGUUGGUUAGUCAGCUAAGGCUCACUUAAGGAUAGUAAAUCAAUCAAUAAAUCAGUCCUCUAAAAUGGUAUCAUGUAGACUGCAGAACUAUGCUUGUGAUUAAAAGCAGAACUUGGCUUUUAAGUACCAUUGUGGCACAGCUUGUUCAAAGCAAAUCAUGCCUACUACAUUAGGACAAAAUUACGAGUUGUCAGUCUUAAGAUUUGUUUUUAACUGAAUGUAAUUAUUAGAACCUAAAACCAUUUUGAAGUAUUAAUAAUAUUUUUGAAACACAAAAUACAAACAUGAGAAGCAUAAAUGUACAAAUUUAAAAAAAAACAUUCAUUAGACAAUAAUUUUGUAGUGUGAAUUUCAGAAAAGGAGCCGAUUUUUAGUGAUCAAUAUUUCCAUGGCAACUCAUAGUCAAAUGACCCUGAAUUUAUGAAACCUGAAAUUCAUCUUGUUCAUUUAUUCAUUUUCCAAAAUAACAAUAAUGUCCAUGCCACUUGCUGGAGUUGCAGCUCAUUAUAAUUGUCUUACAGUGACGAUUGUACACUUGUAUAAUUUUAUUUGAGAGUAUUUUGAGCCAUAAACACUUUUUUAACUAUCUCGGACUUACACACAAGAGUGGAAAGAAAUGUACACUUUGGCCUCAAACUGUUUGAGAACUUUUAGCUGGUCUUGCAUGAACAGUUCAAAGCAAACAUUCAUUUAACUUCAAAAAAUUCAUUAAAAACAAAAUUUUUUAUGCUCUUCCUUUGAGUCUCAAAAUUAAAUUUGUUGAAUCUCUGUUCUUUUUUAAUUGUAAACAAGAAACAGCUUGCCAAAUAAUAUUGAAAUCAAGAAAAAUUGAAGCCACUCAAUUAAGUAGAGUGUAAUGUUUUUUCCUUCACUGGUGUAUCUCUCAUUUUAAAAAUGAUUCAAUUCCAAACAGUUUUGAAUUUUGGUUUUAAUUAGGCCAGGUAUGGCCACUAAAAGCGAACGAAUCUGCACCUCAAUCGUACUUUGAACAAGCUGUACCAGAAGUUUUGUUUAUCUGGUUCACUCAAGAGCUGGAUUACAAAGCAAUAUAUACAGCAUUUACAGCACUGAAGAUAACCUCUAAAUCCAGUGGCUGUUAAAGUCUUGUUACAUCUGCUGGAGACAUCUAACCUGAAAUGAAUAAUUAGUCAUUUCAUCAGCAAUCAGUAAUUCUGAUUAACAUCAUAAAGGACAUUAACAUAAAUUUAUUUUCUUAGCAUGAAUCUCCAGUAUGUCAACCAGACAGUCAAGCAAAUUAGUCAGGCAAUGAGCCAGCCAAUCAUUCAAUCGAUCAGUCUGUGAGCAUUAGCUAAUCAGCCUAGUCUGUCAUACAGUCAGUCAGUCAGUAAUUGAACCAGUUAACUAGUUAGACAGUCAGUCAGGAAAUUGAUGAGAUAGUCAGCCAAUUAGUCAGUUCGUCACUCAUUUAGUCAGUUGGUUGAGCAGCUAAGGACCACUUACAGAAAAAGUCAAUCAUGUCAAUAAAUCAGUCCACUCAAAUGGUAUCAUGUAGAUUGCAGAGCUAUACACAUGAUUAAAAGCAGAACUUGGCAUUGUAAACAAACAUUGCAGUGACUGCUUAUUCAAAGCAGAUCACAUCUACAUGUACUAGUUUAGUUUGCCAUUUGUCAAAAUUAAUUUCAAUAUGAAUUUGAAUCUUUUCAAGUACAAGUAUCCUAGACGAAUUCCUAACUAUAAUAGCUUCUUCAUGAUUUUUAGUGGCCAUACCCUUCAAUUUUCACAAAAACUAAUACAAAAGUGAGCAGCAAAAAUGUACCAAUUAAAAAUUGCAUUCAAUGAUUUUGCAGUCUAACCGUGUGAAUUUCAGAAACAAGAGCUGCAUUUAAGUGAUCAAUAUUUCAACGGCAACUCAUGAUCUCUGAAUUUAUGACACCAAAAAUUUCUUAUUCAUAGAUUCAUUUCAAAAUUUCUCCAGUAUGUCAACUAGCAAGUCAAGCCAAUUAGUCAGGAAAUGAGCCAGCCAAUCAAUCAAUCAGUCUCUGACUGUCAGUUAAUCAGUUUAUCUGUCAUACAGUCAGUCAGUCAGUAAUUGAGCACGUCAGCCAGUCAAUUGGUCAGAAUUUCUAAAAGAAGUAAGUCUGUAACUUAAGCAGCAAGUCAGCCGGGCAAUCAAUCAGUCAUCCAAUCAGUCACUUAGUCAAUCAAUCAGCUGGUCAAUCAUCAAGUACAUGUAAGCAAACCAGCUGGUCCAUCAAUCAGUAUGCCAAUCUGAGUCAGUUAUUCAAUCAGCAAGUACAUGAGCACUGUAAGCAAGUCAGCCAGUCAAUCAGUCAGUCAGCCAUUCAGUCAAUUAGUCAAUCAGCAAGUACAUGUAAGCAAGUUAGCCAGUCAAACUGUUAGUCAGCCGAUCAGUCAAUUAGUCAGUAGGUCAGUAGGUACGUGAUCGAAGCAAGUCAUCCAUCACCAAUUAGUAAGUCAGUCAGACCAUCAGUCAGUCAAUCAAUCAAUAAAUAAUUGAUCCACCAGUUAGUCAGCCAGUCAGUCAGUUAGCCAAUAGGUAAGUCUGUUAGCAGGUCAGCAAGUCAUUCAUUCAGCCAGUAAAAUAGUCACUCACUCAGUCAACAAGUCAAUGAAUAAGUCAGUUGGACAGUUAACUACAAGUCAGUUAAUCAGUCACUCAUUCAACAGUCAGUCAGCCAUUUUGUCAGCCGAUGAGUCAGUCAGUCAGUCAGGAAGUAAGUCAAUCAGUUUGUCAGUCAAUCAGUCCUGAAGUUAUCAGUCAUUUAGUAAGCAAUAAUUUUAUUAUAUUAGUCAAUCAGCUAUAUGAGAACCACUUAAUCAAACAGUCAAUCCAUUAAUAAAUCAGUCCUCUGAAAUGGCAUCAUGAAAAUUGCAGAACUACAUGUAUACUCAUGAUUAAAAGUAAAACUAGUUGCAUUGUAUACCAACAUUGUGGUGACAGCUCGAUCAAAGCAGAUCACAUCUACUUUAGGAUGAAUUGCCAUUUUGUCAGAAAAGCUCUUAUUUUAAGAUUUUGAUUUUAACUGCCCAUGCAAUUAUUUGAAUUUAUUAAUCUAGAAAGAAGAAAUCCCAAAGUGCUAAAUGCUAUCAGUCAAUAGUACAAAGUAAUUCCCUAAAUGAAUUUGGAAAUGAAGAAUUUUUAAGUCUUACUACUUGUUGGAAAGAACUGUACAGUUUGCAGGGCUCUCCAAUGCGACCCUGAGCUUUUACUAUACUCAGUGGCAACUAAAUUUUCACGCCUGGUUGCCAACCUGACCCCCAAGAUAGUUGACUUUCUUCUCUGGGAAAACGUACACUAAUGAUAAUCUGUUAUCCUUUAGAAAACUAACAGAUAGCUUACCGUUUUUCUAACGCUCUAACAGUUUGUCCAAUCUCUCAAACUAAAUGCUUUAACGAUUUCUUCUAACACUCUAACAGAUUGUCCUUAUAAUAUAACAGUUGGUAUGUCUGACAUUUAACUUUUACUUGAAAGAGGAUUGUGAAAAUCACUAGUGAUGAAUUUGACGGAAGUCUUAUCGACUUUCCUGCAAAUCGAUCGCAAUUCUCAACAGGUUGUCCUGUGUUUCUCCGGGAAUGACUUUUAGCGCAUCGAUUAAAAACAAUUUCUUUUUUGUUGAAGAUGUCUCUCGAUUGCGGACUCGAUAGCAGAUUAGUCUGAUAAACGCUUAAGCUAAUCAAGAACGAACGGCACUUAUUUCUCGAGCUUCUUGUAAACAACUUCAUGAAAAUUUCUGUUGAGCAUGACGACCCCAAUAAAAGCUCUGUCGUAUUUUAUUGACUUCUGAUGAAGAACCGUUAAAGUCAUGCUGUUUGUCAAACAGUCUUCUCGCGAAAUCAACUUCUUUGCCCUAAAACAUUAGCGACAAUUCCUCUUUCUGGAGACUUUCGAUCACGUGCCAGGCAAUGAAAUAGAUCAAGUUUCACUGAUCUUCAUUUCUGAAUAUGCAAAUACAUGGGACGCAGAUUUUGUUCUUUAAUAACCCAAAUAAGUUAUUUUGUGAUUCCUAAAGUUUGUUUAUCUAAAUGUGUAUUCCAUUUCCUGAACCUUAAGCUUGAAUACCUGUUUGAGGAGAUUUAUGCUUGAGUGCGGGCUCAUUUUCCCAAACGCCGGCUGGUAAUCGAGCCUCAAGCAAAAACCGUUCGAAAGAAAGUUCAAAAGGAAGUCUAAGCAUUCUUUUUCUGUUAAGGCUAAGUAAAAACUGUUAAGUUUAUUGUAUUCCAUUAAUUCUUAAAUAUAAUUUUUGGUGACUAGAAUACUUGUUCUGGCGACCAAAAAUGAAAACUUGUGGGCCAGCUAGCCCCAAGAUUUUUUUCUGAAAGUCGACCACUGGUUUGGCUUCAAACUGUAGAGCUUUUUAUAUGUAGCUGUCGUUCAUGAAAAGAUUAAAACAAGCAUUCAUUUAAAUCCCAUAAAUGCAGUAAUUUUGUUACAAAAAGUUAUGGUGAGUCUAAGGACUCAUUUUGUAAAAAAUCAUGAGUCCCAGUCUUGAACAAGUGAGUCCCAGUUAAAAAACGAGUCUGAAAUUGAAAAUGCUCAGGCCUUUAUGUAACCAGACAGUUAAUCUGAAGACAGACUCUACAACUCUGCAUUACAAGAAUAUUAAAACUAAAAUAAUAGUCCUUCUAUAAUUUUUAUAGCACAACAAAGGCUAAAAGAAAUAUUCAUCAUUAAACAACAGUCAUAGUAACUGCCACAGAAAUUACACAAACAGGAUACUUCUAGAAAAACACAUGUUCAGCUCAGAUCAAUCGAUCGUUGCAUUGUACGGGACACCUGCCUUAAAUCAUUUUGCGUCUUUGGGGAUUUUUAUGCGUCAGGAACACAGAACACUGAGAUAACAAAAUCACUGUAAAUGCAUUUAAAAAUAUUAGCAUUAUUUUUAACAAAUUAACUGUUUAAUAUUCUUACUUUGAGUUUGAAAUUUUUUUAUUGAAUCUUAAGGCACUCAAGUAGUGUGUUCUUUAACUAUAUUAUAAUUAGACAUGUAUCUUUUAUUUUACAGAGACACUGAUUUUGAAAAAGUUAAAAAUUUUUUUGUUACGAGUAAAUUAUAUGCCAGGUAUGGCCACUAAAAGCUUAUGAGUCUGUAUGUCAAUCAUACUUUAAACAAGCUGCACAAGUUCAGUUUUUGUGGUUCACUAUGCAAUGUAUAGUACUUACAGUGUACACUGAAGUAUAAGCUCAAAAUCCUGGCUGUUAAAGCCUUAGGACAUUUACUGGACACAUACUGAUCUGAAAUGAAAAAUUGACUAUUCAUUAGCAAUCAGUAAUCUUGAUUCUUUUCCUAGCAUGAGCAUUAGCACAUCAGCCAACCAGUCAAGUCAAUUAGUCAAUAGGAAGCUUUUUAAAAGCAACAAAGACAACGACAACAGUAAAAACUACUGAUAAAGUGUUUUAGAAAGGGGGUUGGUAAAUGUAGAAGCAUAUUUUUACUCGCCCAGUCUAAAGUUUCACUAAUCACUAGUCACUAGUCAGUCAGUCAAUCAAUAUUUCAAUGGCAACUCAUAAUCAAAUGUCUCUAAUUUUAUGAAACCUAAAAUUUAUCUUAAUUGUGUAUUCAUUUUCCACUUCUCCAGUAUGUCAACCAACAUGUUGAGUAAGUCAAGUAAUGAGCCAGCCAAUCAGGCAACCAGUUCUCUGACUGUCAGUUAAUCAGUCCAUCUGUCACACAGUCAGUCAGUCAGCCAUUCAGAUGGUCAGUAAGCUUUUAAACAAGUGUGUAAUUCAGCCAGCCAGUCAAUCAGUCAGUUAGCAAGUACACGUAGGCAAGUCAGCGAGUCAAUCAGUCAGUCAGCGUGUGUCAGUCAUUUAGCCAUUCAGCAAGUUCACGUAAGCAAGUCAGCCAGUCAAUCAGUCAGUCAGCCCAUCAGUCAGUUGGUCGAUCUUCAAAUACAUGUUACAGCGUACAAGCAAGUCAGCGAAUACUUGACUACCUUGCCAAAGUGUGUUGGCUGACUUGCUUGUACACUGUAACAUGUACUUGAAGAUUGACCAACUGACUGUUGCCCCAGGCUGACUGACUGAUUGACUGGCUGACUUGCUUGUACACUGUAACAUGUUCUUGAAGAUCGACCAACUGGUCAAUCUGCAAGCAAGCCAGUCAAUCAGUCAGUCAGCCGAUCAGUCAGUUGGUUAAUCAGCAAGUGCAUGUAAGUAAGGCAGCUAUCGGUCAGUAAUUCAGCUAGUACAUUGUAAGUUACCCAGUCAGUCAGUCGAUUAUUCAGCCAGUCAGCCAGUCUGUCAGUCAUUCAAUGAGUCAGUUCAUUAGUCAAUCAGUUGUCACUCAGCAUAUCCACCACUCAGUUAGUUAGCCAAUAAGGCAGUCAUUUAGCAGGUCAGCCAUUCAGCCAUUGACACAAUCAGUCAAAGGGCCAGUCAGUCAAAAUGUGAGCUAUUUAUCCAAUCAAUAAGUCAGUGAGUUGCCAAGUCAGCCAGUCAACCACUUUGCAAGUCAACCAGUUAAUCAUUUAGUCAAUGAGUCAGUCAGUCAGCAAGGCAGCCAGUCAGCCAGUCACUCAGCAAGUCAGCGAGUCCAUCAAUAAGUCAGUCACUUGGUUGGUUAUCAACUGUAAGUCAGCUAUUUGGUCAGUCAGACAGUCAACGGGUCAGCCAUUCAGUAAGUCUAUGAGACAGUAAGUCAGUCAGUUAGUAGGUCAGUCAGUUUUUUCAGCCAGUAGGUCCAUAAAUCAGUUACUCAGCAUAUUAAUCAAUGAGUCAGUCAGUCAAACAGCAAGUCAGUUUAAAACUUUGGCAAUAAGUCAGUCCGUCAACACAUCAGCCUCAGUCAGCCAAUCAGUCAGUCCAUCAAUAAGCCAGUUAGUCCAUGAGUCAGUAAAUCAGUCAGUUUUAUAAUCAGUCAGUCGGUUAGCAAGACAAUUGGACAGUCAGUCUAUCAGUCAGGUAGUAAGUUGGUAAAUCAGUCCUUAGUCAAAAAUUCAGCCAAUUAUUCAGUCCUUGAAUCAGUUAGUCAGCAAAUCAGUCAGUUACAAUAGCCAAAAGGUAAGUCAGUCAGCAGGUCAGCAGCUUAUUCAUUCAGGAAGUGAGAUAGUCACUCAGUCAACAAGCUUAAGUCAGCUAAUACCAUGUGGCACAAAAUUUUUGCAGGAUUUUAUUUUUGAGGAUUGGCGAUUUUCUUGUGUUCUGCGGGAACUAAUUUUUGCGAUUAGAACAGACUGGUUUUUCUUGCUGGGAAUUAAUUUUUGUGAUUUUCACAAAGUACCCAGUGUCUAGCAUUGAUAAUAUUUUUGUUUUUGUUAAGUAUGUACAAUAGAAAUAUUAUUUAAAACAACACUACGGUAUUCGUACCCUAUGUAAUUUAACAGACACAAUUUCGUAGUACUAUAUUUUUGUUCAUCAAUUUUAAGUUGGAGAAAAUUUAUGUUAAAUUUUUGUGGGAAAAAUGUUUGUGAUAAUUUUUAUUUGCAGGAACUUAUUUUUGCAGAUCGCUGGAAAAAUCGCAAAUAUCGCAAAAAUUAGAACCCGCAAAAGCUUUGUGCCACAUGGUAAGUCAGUUCACCAGUCGACUACAAGUCAGUUAAUCGGCCACACAGCCAACAGUCAGUCAGCCAUUUUGUCAGUCAAUGAGCCAGUCAGUCAGCAAGUAAGUCUGUCAGUUUGUCAGUCAAUCAGUCCUGACGUUAUCAGUAAGCAAUUGGUCAAUCAGCCAUAAAAGGACCGCUUAAUCAAACAGUCAACUAGUCAAUAUAUCGGUCCGUUGAAAUGGUGUCAUGUAAAUAGCAGACUGAACUACAUGUAUACUCAUGAUUGAAAGUAAAACUUCACAUUGCAUACCAACAUUGUGGCGACAGGUAGUUCAAAGCAGAUCACAUGAAUUGACAUUUGUCAGAAAAAGCUCUUAUUUUAAGAUUUGGAGUUUAACAACACAUGUAAUCAUUUGAAUUUAUUAAAACAGAAAAAAUUAAUCUUAAAGUGCUUAAUGCUAUCAUUCAAUAAUACAAAGUAACUCCUAAAUGAAUUCGAAAAUGAACAACUCGUGUUUUUGCAAUUAUGUUUUGACUAUAAAACAAUUAAAGGACAGGUUUCUUUGGAGGGGGGUCAAGACACCACUUGGUAGAUACCCAUUUAAAAAGUAAGAAGGGGUUCUUCGCCAAGGGCAGCAUUUUGCGGGGGGAGGGGGGAAGCACUGCUUAUAUACCUGCCAACUUUUUCUGAGAUAUAAGCGUGAGAUUUUUAUCCUGGGAGUGCUGGGAUUUUUGAAGACGACACGAUCAUUUCCGAAGAUUCCGGAAGAAGUCCGAAGUCUUCCGAAGACGUCCGAAGUCUGCCGAAGACUGCCAAAGGCGAGCUCGCUCCCAGUGCUUUUCACUUCAAAAAUCAGAGAUCGCGAGGAAGGUAUUGCCAUUUAUUCAUUUUACACAUGGUUUUCGUUCCUUACAUGGGUCUGAGUUAACAUAUUUUUGGAAAUUGUGUCAAGUAGGACGGCCCAACAACUCACAUUUUUCAAUAAGGCGUGAGAAAUUGGCCAGCAGGCGUGAGCCGGCGUGAGAUCGAAGUUUUCAACCCGCAGGCGUGAGACUCACGCCUAAGGCGUGAGAGUUGGCGGGUAUAUGCUUAUGGAGUUGUGUCCCACUAAUAGCUAAAGAAGAGGCCCAAUGAAGCAGCUCUUUGCUUUACAUUUUUUAUCGUAGACAGAGUCCCUACAAUUAACCAAAGGUAGGAAAUUUCAUCUACCAGUAUCUCUGACAAAUUGACCCAGUUGAAAAAAUCACAAACCGUUUCAGAGAACAGAAAAAUCAGUAAAAUUCCCGUUGUUGUUCUUUUCAUCGACUGCUUCGCCAAAAAUCCCGACAACUCACCCCCUGUCAGAGGCCUGGCUACCAGGCACCCGAAUAAAAUAUUUGCUGCUACAUAACACUUUAUCUUUUAUAAAGCCAAUUACAAAUAAAGCCUUAAAACACCAUUGGAUACGCAACGAUUUGCCCUUAAAAUCAAGGCGUUCAGACUUUAAGAAGGGGGGAGAUUGCAUUAUUGAAAGAGUUGCACAUAAACUUACAGGCUGGUGAGUGUCAGGAUCUCACCAAAUUUAAGGUAAACCAUCGCCAUAAGCAUCUCUAAAACUUCUUAAAACGAUACCUUCUACAGUCAUUACUGUUUGUUCCACCUAUUAUCGCUACUAACCUUGCAAAAUAGAUGAAAAACGAGAUAAAAACCAACCAUGCCUUCUGUUGCCUUCCGCGCGCCAUCUUUGAUUUUGUGCUUUUUAGAUCCCAGGGUCCCAAAUCGUCCACAAUGCGCGGUCUCCUUGCUCGGGCCCCCGGU